CGGCGGCGGCGGCGGGCGCAGCGGGGGGAGGAGGCGGCCGCGGCGGCAGCAGCUGCAGCAGGAGCGCGGUGGCGGCGGCGGCGGCGGUGCUCCCGGAGUGGCUCAGCGCGCGCGGGGCCGAGUUGCUGGCGUCUCCCCUCUCGCUGUGCGCGGAGGAGAUGGGCCCGUGAGCGCUGCGCCCAGCCGAGCUGCCCGAGCCGCCCCCUCCCUCCCUUCCCCCCUCCCUGCCCCCGGUCGGCGGCGAGGCGGAGCGCUGCCUCCCCCUCCUCCCCCCUCGGCGCCCGUGGCCCGGCCGCGGCCGUCCCUUCCUGCUCCCCUCACAUUCACACACACAGGCCGGGCAUUGAUGGUAAUGUAUGCGAGGAAACAGCAGAGACUCAGUGAUGGCUGUCACGACCGCAGGGGGGACUCGCAGCCCUACCAGGCUCUUAAGUACUCAUCCAAGAGUCACCCCGGUGGUGGUGAUCACCGUCAUGACAAAAUGCGAGACGCCACAGAUCCUUCACCGCCAAAUAAAAUGUUGCGGCGCUCUGAUAGCCCAGAGAACAAAUAUGGUGACAACACAGGGCACAGUAAAGCAAAAAGUGUGCAUACUCACAGAGUUAGAGAGAGGGAUGGUGGGACCAGUUACUCUCCACAGGAAAAUUCACAUAACCACAGUGCUCUUCAUAGUUCAAAUUCACAUUCUUCUAAUCCCAGCAAUAAUCCAAGCAAAACUUCUGAUGCAGCUUAUGAUUCUGCAGAUGAUUGGUCUGAACACAUCAGCUCUUCAGGCAAAAAAUACUACUACAACUGCCGAACAGAAGUUUCACAAUGGGAAAAACCAAAAGAGUGGCUGGAAAGAGAGCAGAGACAAAAAGAAGCAAGCAAAAUGUCAGUUAACAGUUUUCCGAAAGAUAGGGAUUACAGAAGAGAGGUGAUGCAGGCGACAGCUGCCAGUGGGUUUGCCAGUGGAAUGGAAGACAAGCAUUCCAGUGACACCAGUAGUAUGCUCCCACAGAAUAUUUUAUCUCAGACAAGCAGGCACAAUGACAGAGACUACAGACUGCCAAGAGCAGAGACUCACAGUAGUUCUACUCCAGUACAGCAUCCCAUCAAACCAGUGGUUCAUCCAACUGCUACCCCAAGCACUGUUCCUCCUAGUCCAUUUUCUCUACAAUCUGAUCACCAGCCAAAGAAAUCCUUUGAUGCUAAUGGAGCAUCUACUUUAUCAAAACUGCCUACAUCCACAUCUUCCAUCCCUGCACAGAAAACAGAGAGAAAAGAGUCUGCAUCUGUGGACAAGUCUGUAUCCCAUUCUUGCACAACUCCUUCUACAUCUUCUGCUUCUGGACUGAAUCCAACUUCUGCACCUGCUUCAUCUGCUCCUACAGUUCCUGUCUCACCUGUCCCACAAUCACCAAUUCCUCCGUUACUUCAGGACCCAAAUCUCCUUCGACAGUUGCUGCCUGCUCUGCAAGCCACUUUGCAGCUUAAUAAUUCUAGCGUAGAUAUAUCCAAAAUCAAUGAAGUUCUAACAGCAGCUGUGACACAAGCCUCUCUGCAGUCUAUACUCCAUAAAAUUCUUACUGCUGGACCAUCUGCUUUCAAUAUCACUUCCCUGAUUUCUCAAGCUGCACAACUGUCUACACAAGCUCAGCCAUCUAAUCAAUCUCCAAUGUCUUUAACAUCUGAUGCCUCAUCACCAAGGUCAUAUGUAUCUCCAAGAAUAAGCACGCCUCAGACUAACACCGUUCCGCUUAAACCCUUGAUGACCACGCCACCGGUAUCAUCGCAGCAGAAGGUUGCUACUCCAGGUGUUAAACAAGGACCAGCUUCACAGGCAGCACCUCAGCAGCCGGUAAUAGCUGACAAGCAGGCAGGUCAUGAACCUGCCUCUCCACGGAGUCUUCAGCGCUCAAGUCAAAGAAGCCCAUCACCAGGUCCAAAUCAUACCUCUAGCACGAGUGCAUCAAAUUCAACACCUGCACCCCAAAAUACAUCUGUACGACCCACUUGUUCAUUAACACCUACGCUAGCAGCACACUUCAACGAGAACCUUAUAAAGCAUGUCCAAGGCUGGCCUGCAGACCAUGCAGAAAAGCAAGCAUCAAGAUUACGUGAGGAAGCUCAUAACAUGGGAAGUGUCCAUAUGUCAGAAAUUUGUACUGAAUUAAAGAAUUUAAGGUCUUUAGUUCGAGUAUGUGAAAUUCAAGCAACUUUGCGUGAGCAAAGGAUACUAUUUUUGAGGCAACAAAUUAAAGAACUUGAAAAGCUAAAGAAUCAGAAUUCCUUCAUGGUGUGAAAAGUUGUAAACAAUUGCACAUGGUUUUGAGUACAGGAACUAUUAAACUGAUGCCCAGUCUUAACACUUUUGAGCUGCAUUUGAGUAGA